AUGGUUCUGUCAAGAACAAAAACAAGUAAAAAAAUUAAAGAUUCCUAUACAAUUGACGAAUUAUUUAAAAAGGAACAAUCAAGACAGCCAAUACAAGAAGAUGAUGACGAGUUACAACUUGCUAUUCAAUUAAGUAAAGAAGAACAUGUAAAUGAACAGAGAAGAUUACUUGAACAAUUUUCACAAUUAAGCCAACGGAUGGCUGUUGAUGAACAUGUGAAAACAUCCACCUCUAAGAGAGUUGUUACUUCAAUUAUUGAUGACGAUGAUGAUGAUGAUGAAUGGUUUCAAACCAUAUCAAAUAGACCGCAGCCAAAAUAUAUCUCAAAGCAGGAAAAGAAGAAAAAAAGAAGGUUAACAAAGAAAGGACAUCAAAAAGAAAAGACAAAAGAGAUAGAUGCUAUUGUUAAAAAAGAAGAAGAGGAGAAAGAGGAAAACAUGAUUAUAUUUGACAUUGAGAAUGUAUCAGAUUGGCUUCAAGUGAAAGAAGAAGAUAGUAAAGAAGAAGAAGAAGAAAGCCUAAUCAUUGAUGAUUUGACAUCAUUUCUAAAUGAAGAAGAAGAAGAUAAAGUCAAAGAGGAUAGUAAGAAUGAAAGCAUUGUAUCAUUAAAUUCAGACUCAGAAUAUAGUCUUAUUGACUUGGUGAAUGAUCCGCCAUUAGAAGGAGAAUCAAAGAAUGAUGCUAAUGCUGAUGAUGGAUGUUUAUCACCUUUAGAAGGCUUUAUUAAUAUUAAAGAAAAUAGAGAUAAAAAUGAAGAAUUUAAUCCUUAUUUUGAACAACUUCAGACAAAGACCAAAAGAAAGAGAUCAACAAAGACAAAAACAACAGAAAAGUCAAAGAAAUACAAGAAACGUUGGUUUAGAAGAAAACGAAAAACGUGA